AUGCGAGAAGCAAAAAUUGUGAUUGCUAUAGCAUCUGGCUGCAGUGCACUUGUAAUCAUUGCAUGCUUGGUGGUAAUCCCUUCCGCGUAUAGAAUGAUAAAAGAAAUCGCCGAUGAAGUAUUAGAUGAAGUACAGAUAUUUCGAGUCGAAACCGAUUCAGCCUGGUCUGAAAUGAUAGAUAUCCAAAUCAGCUUCAGUCCGCCUAGCCGACGACCCGAUAAUCCGUUCAGUAGCAUAUUUCGACGAAAACGUCAAGAUUUCUCCAGCUUACCAUCUUAUUGUUUAUGCGAAGUACCGAAAAUAAUUUGUUCGCCCGGUCCACCAGGACCUCCUGGUCCACCUGGCCAACAAGGACCAAAUGGCCCGCCUGGAUUACCCGGAGAAGAUAACACGGUAAGCUACCAAUCACUAACCUGUCCGCCACAAGAUGUACAUUGCAUCACAUGUCCGGCUGGCCCUCGUGGUCAACCCGGACCAAGUGGACCGCAAGGUCCUGCAGGUCCAAAUGGAAAUCCAGGACAAUCAGGACUUCCGGGCAAGAUUGGAAUCCCAGGAAGAGCAGGGCCAAGUGGUGACACUGGCCCACCGGGACCACCCGGUAUUGCUGGUCCACGCGGUCCACCAGGCCAAAACGGAUCAAGUGGGCGAGGAAGAGCAGGACCAAAAGGAAGACCAGGUUUACCAGGGUCUAUUGGAAAACCUGGACAGGAUGGACAAAGGGGAAAUGAUGGAACACCAGGACCAGUGGGACCACCAGGACGCAUUGGUAUGCCAGGUCGAUCGGGAGUGAACGGACGUCCAGGCGCACCUGGUGAGCGAGGCCUCCCUGGAAACGAUGCAGCCUAUUGUCGCUGUCCGCCACGAUCUGCCGUUUACUACAAUUUAUUUUCGCAGUGA